UGAGAUCCUUUGAGGCCGCCCCCCCAGACUCCCACUUUCCUGCAGCCUUCAGCUGUGAGAACCCUGCCCAGUCCUCCUGAUUCCUGCUGGGGAGGGGAGGGGAUUCUGGUUUCUACUCUGCAUUUGUUUUUCGACCCCAAUUUGGCUGUGAGUAUCAGAUUGCCAGUGAGGGCGGGGCUGGGGUGAUCAGGCCAGAAGGACGUGAGGACGCCGGCCAGAGUGGCGUGUCCUAUACACAGACAGGAGCAAUCUGAACCCUCACCGGUGCUGAGCAGCUCUCAGGAUGGCAGAAGCGCACCAGGCUGUGGCCUUCCAGUUCACUGUGACCCCAGAUGGGGUGGACUUCAGGCUCAGUAGGGAAGCCCUGAAACACAUCUAUCUGUCCGGGAUCAACUCCUGGAAGAAACGCCUGAUUCGAAUUAAGAAUGGCAUUCUUAGGGGUGUGUACCCUGGCAGCCCCACCAGUUGGCUGGUCGUUGUCAUGGCUACAGUGGGCUUCUCCUAUUGCAAAGUGGACAUCUCUUUGGGGCUGGUCUGUUGUAUCCAGAGGUACCUCCCUGAGAGAUGUGGCCCCUACCAGACCCCACAGACCCGGGCACUUCUCAGCAUGGCCAUCUUCUCCACUGGGGUCUGGGUGACAGGCAUCUUCUUAUUCCGCCAAACCCUGAAGCUGCUGCUUUCCUACCACGGGUGGAUGUUUGAGAUGCAUGGCAAGACCAGCCGCUUCACCAAGAUUUGGGCUAUCUGUGUCCGCCUUCUGUCCAGCCAGCGGCCCAUGCUCUACAGCUUCCAGACAUCUCUUCCGAAGCUUCCUGUGCCCAGUGUGCCAGCCACAAUUCAUAGGUACCUGGAGUCUGUGCGGCCCUUGCUGGAGGACAAGGAAUACUACCGCAUGGAGACAUUGGCCAAAGAAUUCCAGGACAAGACUGCCCCCAGGCUGCAGAAAUACCUGAUACUCAAGUCGUGGUGGGCAACUAACUAUGUGAGUGACUGGUGGGAAGAGUACGUCUACCUCAGAGGCAGAAGCCCACUCAUGGUGAACAGCAACUAUUACGUAAUGGAUCUUGUGCUUAUCAAGAACACAGACGUGCAGGCUGCGCGCCUGGGAAAUGCUGUCCACGCCAUGAUCAUGUAUCGCCGUAAACUAGACCGUGAAGAUAUCAAGCCUGUGAUGGCAUUAGGCAUUGUGCCCAUGUGCUGCUACCAAAUGGAGAGGAUGUUCAAUACCACUCGCAUCCCUGGCAAAGAAACAGAUGUGUUGCAGCACCUUGCAGAGAGCAGGCACGUGGCUGUCUACCACAAGGGCCGCUUCUUCAAGGUGUGGCUCUAUGAGGGCUCUCGCCUGCUCAAGCCUCGGGACUUGGAGCUUCAGUUCCAGAGGAUCCUGGAUGACCCCUCUCCACCUCAGCCUGGGGAGGAAAAGCUGGCAGCCCUCACUGCAGGAGGAAGGGUAGAGUGGGCGCAAGCACGCCAGACCUUCUUCAGCUCUGGCAAGAACAAGGCUUCUCUAGAUGCCAUUGAGCGUGCUGCUUUCUUUGUGGCCCUGGAUGAGGAAUCCCACUGCUACAGCCCUGAUGACGAGGCCAGCCUCAGCCUAUAUGGCAAGGCCCUGCUGCACGGCAACUGCUACAACAGGUGGUUUGACAAGUCUUUCACUCUUAUUUCCUUCAAGAAUGGUGUGUUGGGCCUCAAUACAGAACAUGCAUGGGCAGAUGCCCCUGUUAUUGGGCAUCUCUGGGAGUUUGUCCUAGGCACUGAUACCUUCCACCUGGGCUACACAGAGACUGGGCACUGCAUGGGUGAACCAAAUCUGAUGCUGGCUCCUCCUCAGAGGCUCCAAUGGGAUAUUCCUAAGCAGUGCCAGGCUGUCAUCGACAGUUCCUACCAGGUAGCCAAGGUGCUGGCGGAUGAUGUGGAGUUGUACUGCUUCCAGUUCUUGCCCUUUGGCAAAGGCCUUAUCAAGAAGUGUCGGACCAGCCCUGAUGCCUUUGUACAGAUCGCCCUGCAGCUGGCUCACUUCCGGGACAAGGGCAAGUUCUGCCUGACCUAUGAGGCCUCAAUGACCAGAAUGUUCCGGGAAGGACGAACUGAAACUGUGCGUUCCUGUACUAGCGAGUCCACAGCCUUUGUGCAGGCCAUGAUGAAGGGGUCCCACAUGAAAGCAGACCUCCAAGAUCUCUUCCGGAAAGCUUCUGAGAAGCACCAAAACAUGUACCGCCUGGCCAUGACGGGUGCUGGCAUUGACAGGCACCUCUUCUGCCUUUAUUUGGUCUCUAAGUACCUGGGGGUCAGCUCCCCAUUCCUAGCAGAGGUGCUCUCGGAACCCUGGCGCCUGUCCACAAGCCAGAUCCCUCAGUCCCAGAUCCAUAUGUUUGACCCAAACCAGCAUCCCAAGCACCUGGCUGCAGGAGGUGGCUUUGGCCCUGUGGCAGAUGAUGGCUAUGGGGUUUCCUAUAUGAUUGCAGGUGAAAACACUAUCUUCUUCCAUGUCUCUAGCAAGUUCUCAAGUUCAGAGACGAAUGCUCAGCGCUUUGGGAACCAUAUUCGCCAAGCCCUGCUGGACAUCGCUGAUCUUUUCCAAGUUCCCAAGGCUAACAACUGAAGGCUAGAAAAAUGCUAGCUGCCUUUUUGUACCCCUGGCAUGGAGGAAGGGGCUGUGGUGGGCUUGUAGACAUGAGGGAUGGCCAUCUACAGGUGUCUAGCUCCAAGGACAGCUCUGGCAACCAGGACUCCCAAGGCAGAUGCUGCUUCCUGAGGGCCCAGGUGGUGAAGGUGGGGUUGGAACAGGGAUGAAUUUUGAUUUUUGUUUUGGUAGAUAAUAAUAAAAAUAAGGCCAUGUAGUUCUCUUUCAGCCUUAGGCACCUGUGUUUUAUUUGGGAACUAGAAGGCCUUUCUCCUUCCCUAGCUCAGAAAAAUGGCAAAGAAAGGGGCUGGGAGACUGUUCAUGAGGGACUUGUGACUGUAUCUCUGCUCAGUGAUGAGGCUCUGAGAUUGCUAUGCAUACCAUCAUGUGCACUUGAAAUAAAUUCUUGCUUCCAAACCUUA